AUGCAGGGUGGGCAGGCGGAUGAAAGUCUCGGAAAGAGUCAUCGGAGACGCCGCACUCUUGUUUCUGCAACGGAGUAUUGGUUAUGUAUCUGUGAUUUCACAGUAGAAAGGGUCAUGGUCACACCUGUUGCUAUUAGCGAGACGUAGUCGCGAUAUGUAAGGGGAAACGGAUCGCAGUCCCUUCAACAGUCUUCGCAAAACUGUAUCGUCGAUGUCUUCUGAAGUGUACGCCGGGUCGUGCAGUAGCCACUGUAUGUUGCUGUGAUCGCUCUCGCGAGUGUUAUGAUAUGUCCUGCGCGUAAUAAAUAAAAGGAUGCACGAACAGAUUUCGCAGUUGAAAGAGUCAUGUGCACAGCUGUUGCUAACACGCGAUACAUAAGAGCACGCGAUACAUAAUAGUUUAAGUAACAGCCGGCAGGGCAGUAGAGCACCGUAUGACUGAUAGCAUAGCAUGUAGAUGUAUAUGUGAUUUCAGCGUAGAAAGGGUCAUGGUCACACCUGUUGCUAUGAGCGAGUCGUAGUCGCGAUAUGUAAGGAUAUACGGAUCGCACUCCAUACAACAGCCUUCGCAAAAACUGUGGUGGAUUAAAUAAUGAAACAAACAAUUUUUAGUGAAUUCCAAUGUGUAAACGUCUCACCUUCCUUGAACGGACAGGAAAUGAGGUCCAAACAUCCUCUUUAACUCUCCGUCUUCGACGCACAUAGCGCAGAAGUUCGAGGAUGAGUUAUAUUUGCGAUCCAUUCGACGGAAUCUUUGAAAUCGUUCCGCGUUCCCUUGAUAAAGUGGGACGAGCUCUCUUGGUGGCGGUGGUAGGGGUGUCAAGACCAAUUGUCCGUUACUGCAGCAAAUGCCACGAGAUUCACCUGUAGAAGCACAGGUGGUUGGCGUGUCAUUUACUAUAGUUGUAAGCUAUGUCUUAUAAGAACAGACGAGAGUAAAUGAUCGGCGUGAGGGGAGAUUGAAUUUGACAGUUUGAUGGAUAUAUGCCGGGAUAUAGCAAUGUUGGAAAACUCACCUUUGAACAAGUGAGCACCGCAGUGUUGGCAUGGGGAAGCAAUAUCAACGAUGAUGUUGGCAGCCCGUUGUGCGGUGUUGAUGAUGUCGUUCCGAGCAUCCAGCGUAAAUGCUCUCUGUUCUUCGUUGCACUCUGGACGAAGCAGAGGUAGUUCCCACAACUGAGAGAUGGAGGUGGACAUGUUAGGACUACGCACGUAUGUGACAUGUUGCUCUUGAAUUUGUCCCCCGCGACUCCUUCCAUCACGUGAAUUUCUGCGACAAUUGAGUGUUUCGUUCCUCCUCGCGCGUCGAAGUCGUUGUUGUUCGUUGCGUCGGUUCUGUUGAGCUCUCGAGUAUUGUUGUGUUGACGGCAUCUGAAACGGCAGUGGACGUGUGUCGGUGUGCCGCGUAUAAUUGCGGCGGAAAUGUAGAUACGUAGAUGCGUAGAUGCGUAGAUGCGUACUGUAGAUGCGGGUAAACAUAAUAUGCGGCGAAAAUUUGAUUGGCGAGCGAGGUUGUCUGCAGAAAAUCGGUAUAUUUGCCCGUAUGCGGCAGCGAGCAUGGGGCAUCUGAAUGCUGUAAAUCUGCAGUGAGCAUGGCCAAUCGUAACUACUUGUCAUGUUGUGACGACGUUUGAUGAAUGCAUAAAGGGUGGCGAUGUUUGUGUUGUGUAAUGUCACGUCCAUGCGCGUCGAUGCAUGCAGAACGUGUACGUGGAUGUUGGGAAGCACACAGCGGCUGAGGUCUACUUUUGCGAAGGUGUCAAUGUCGGUGUCAUAAUGAGCAAGGCGUCAUUCCAUUCGUAGGUCUCAUAAACUGCACGUGAUGAACGCACUUGCGUGGUUUCAAGUCGUGAAAUGGAGUAUUGGGCGAGAGAGGUCAAAAAAUAUACGAAAAAAAAAAAAUUCUAACCCCGUAUGCAGCGAAUGCAUUCAUUAAUCAAGAUGUAGGACUCAUUAGACGAAUCGUGAUAUAAUAUAUA